UACUUAUUUCUUGUCCGUAGUUGUUCUUCUCUCUCCAGCAGGUGGACUCGAAGUCGAUUAUUAUAAGCAAUCCCCACUCUGGCAUCAUUACUCUGACCUCUUUCAUUUCUGCCUGCAAGGCUAACCAAUCGAUAGAGAGUGCGUCGAUACUGUUCGAUUCACAUGUGUAGAUUACCUCGGUUGUGUCUCAAAGAAGGUAUCAGCGAGGACAGUUUGACUUUUCAUGAUUAUACGAUGACAAGAUCCUAGCAACUCCCUUGUUCAGUCUCCAGCAGACAUGGCUAAAGCGUCCGACAGCAAAAGAAAGAGAGAUCUUUCUCUAGCUGAAGACUCAGGUCAUAGUAAGAGAUCGAAGGUAGAAUACUCGCCACCUAUCCAGCCUCUGAACCCCAAGAGCCCACCACACGUCACUAGGCGUUUUGAACAUCUACAUGAAGCCAUUUCUCUCCCUGAGUUGUCUGGCCUGCUUCAGUAUGCGGUCCUAGGGGAAAAGAUAAUCACCCGGCCAAGCUGGUGUCGCCUUCAUCACCAGCGUAAGCUCUCUGGAGUAUCUGUCACUGUACUGGAGGAUGUAACGCAAGUCCACUUCUACCGAUACUACCCACAGUUCAAAAACCUCCGCUGGAGGUACAAGACUAGAUGCACUCUGCUUCCUUGUGCCGGUGAUGUCUCUUCGUUUAUCCUCAACUCCGAGUUGUCACAUUCCGGAACGGUGACGUCUGAGCUCCCAAGAGCAUCGUUGCCUAGCAGCAGCACCUCCACUCUAUCGCCCGCUUCACUCUCCAGUGCCUCAUCAAGUCUCAAAGGCGGAGAUCUGCAGUGUCACCCCGUGAUCAGGAAGUUUGGCUCAGAAACCAAAGGCCUCUCUGCAUACGUCCUUACAGGAGAGGAAAUGUCAAAGUACAAGUUUCCUCUUAAAGGUGCCCCAGAUUGCAAAUCAUUCAUCUGCACAGAGAAAAAUGGCCAGGUGACCGACAGCAGCCCCCUCCACGGGCUAGACUGUGAGAUGUGUUUGACGAAGCUUGGUCCCGAGGUGACGCGGGUGUCCUUGGUGGACAGCUCGGGGCAGUGCAUGCUGGACGAGCUGGUCAAGCCACACAAUCAGAUCUACAACUACCUCACCAGGUUCUCCGGGAUCACCAAAGACAUGCUGGAACAGGUAACAACGCGACUGGCCGACGUCCAAUCAAAACUCAUACAGCUGUUGCCCCAGGACGCCGUUCUGGUCGGCCACUCCCUGGACUGUGACCUCAGAGCCCUUGAGAUGAUUCACCCGAACGUGAUUGACACCUCUCUUCUAUACCGGAGGGAACAUGGCGCCAGAUUUAAGCUGAAGGUUUUGGCUGAGGUGAUCUUGAAGAGGGAGAUCCAGAGUGAGGAGCGGAAAGGUCACGACCCCUCAGAGGACGCCCUCGCUGCCCUGGAGCUGGCACAGUACUUCGUCAGCAGAGGACCCCGACAGGUUGUUGAGCUACACCUGGAGCAGCUGUGGGGCCAGCCUGCCAGUCUUCCAGGGUCCCCCAUAAACGGCUCCAUCCACAAGAGCCCGCCAGUGAUCUCGCCGCUGGCCUCCCUGAACGCCACAGCGACGACGACGACGACCUCCGGCCUGCCUGCCUCCCGUCUGACGUUUGGUCACGCCCUCUUCAAAACCGGCCAACCAGCACUGCAGCUGGGCAGACUGGCAGGGACUCCCAGCCUGACGUCCAAUGAGCUUUGGCGCAGGCAGUGCUGCAGUUCAGACAAGAAGGUUCUGGAGGCCCUGAGGAGGCAGGUGCAGUCUCACUCCCUCAGCCUGCUGCAGCUCAGCUCCUACUCCCAGCUGCUCUCACGCGCACAACCCAGCUACACACACCGCAACCUGCACAAGCUGGUGAGUGAGCUGAGGGAGAUGUGUGUGGUGUACGUGGGGCCGCUGUCUCCUGACUGCACGGAGAGGGACGUCAAGAGGCUCUGCAGCAGCUGUGGGGUCCUGAGAUCAGUCAGGCUGCUGAGCUCUACACACCGGGUCCAUGCUGUAGUGGAGUAUGCGCUGUUAGAGGGAGCAGCCCUGGCGGUGGAGAGACUGGAUGGCUGUGUCCUACAUGGAUAUGCUGUGAAGGUGCAGAGGCCGGUGGGAGAGGUCACCCUGGACUUGGAGGAGUACCUGUGUGACCUGCGCGAGGACCCCCUUAACGAGCGGCUGAUCUACGCCGCCAACGUCGCCGCAGACGACCCUGCUGACCUCCAGGUGACCUUUGAUCGGUUUGGCCCCGUGGAGGGAGUGAGCGUCCGAUCCCAGCGGCCCAGGAGGAAGCGGAAGCAUUUUGCGUUUUUCAAAUUCCACAGCACGGAAUCUUUGGAGGCUGCUUUGGACCCGUCAGCAGAGCUCAGUCUGGGACAGGUAAAGGUGUGCCAAGCACUCACCCCUCCACACCUGUGCACCUGGUCGCCAGACGCACCCGACACUGAGCAGAGCAGCGGGGAGAACGGCACGACGGAUCAAGAUGUCAUAGAUGAGGAGUUGGAAGCAGAAGUGGACCGCGAGACGGCCGGUGUGAUGAGGAAGUUGGACUCAAAGGUUGGGAAGAUAUUCAAGGCCUUACCUGAGAACACGCUCAGCGUCAUCAUCUUACCUGGGAAGGAGAGUUUCCAUGGCGUGUCCCAACCAGGCCUAUGCUUCAUGGAGGUCAAAGGUCAAUCAGAGGUCAUCUGCCUUCAACCUGAUGGAGAGCCUUACAGCCACACAGAAAGAACAUGCACUACACUGGAGUGAAAAAAGGCAUACUGACGUCACUGAGCAAGCCAAAAACACCUUUUUAAAAAAAUAUUAUUGUUGUUCAUAUAGUGUGGUGUGUGGAAGUUCUCAGGUUCUGUGAUGGAAUUCGGGUGUGGGCUGCUACACUGUGAAUGUGUGGAAAAUGGAUAAUUAUGUGAAACAGCUUUGACCAUUUCUGAUAACUUCAGGCACAAGUUGUGUUCCAAGUGUUCCUGUGUUCCAAGUUGGCCAGCAUGUGUGGAAAAACACAGUGUGCCUCCUCCAUAUGAUUACUAUGUAAUCAUGUGUUUGUAUGGGACUGUUUGUUGAAUUCAUUGCCUUUCGGUUGAACUUUAAGGUAUGCCUUGUAUAUUUUUUGAAAAUGUUUUAAUGUUUUUAAAGAUAAUU